ACUACGGAGAGUAGUGUUUAUUGAAGUGUUUAAUUUAAUUGUGCAUUACUUUGUAAUACAAUACAAUUCUCCUGAUUAAAUAGUGUUAGUAGAGAUUUAUGAAAAACAAUGAGUGAAAGCAAAAGAGAUUAUCCCAGCGGAGCUACGAAAAGAAAAAAUAAACAGAAAAGGGAGGAGGUCAUAAAAAAAGUGCCCAAAAUUUCUUCAUUUUUUCAGACACCUUCUGUAAGUGAUUGCAAAGAUGAGGCCAAUCAUCAUCCUGGCCACACUUCACUACAUUAUGGGAGCAGCAAUAAACCCAUUGGAACCUUUAGAGAAUUUCCUUUGGGAGGAUCCUUUGUCUGAAGUAGUGUUUCCAGAAGAAAACUUCGCUAGUGGUAAUCCAGAUUCGUUUCAACAUCGAUAUUCGAAUUCAAAUGAGGAGAAUACCGAUCCAGAUUUAGAAGUUAUGCUUCGUCCACCUACAGGCAAACGGGCUUUGGCGAUGUUCGCACGAUGGGGUUCAAUCAACGGCAUUGGGAAAAAUAGGCCACCGAUCAGAAGUAACCUCUACGAUCCAGAAGAUGCCAUCAAUACGCAGACCAGGGGUAGGAUGUUGGGGCAACCGUUGAGGUGGGGUUAGGAUAGAUCUAGGAGGCUGACAACAGAGACGGGUGUUUGAUAAGAACAUUGUUAAGAUCAUGGUAGGAAUGAUGAUAUGGAUAUAGAAAGAUUUGUAUUACUUUAUUUCUGUAGUUGGGCUUAUUAUAUACCCUUUAUAUUUUCGGGUGAAAUAUUUUUUGAUUUGGAAAUGAAGAGAAAUUCUGGAAAACAGAGAUAUAGACUAAUUAUAACUUGGCUCAAUAUAUACAAUUUAGUUUUGUAGAAGUUUAUAAUAUAUUGUUUAAUAAAAUACUGAAGAAAACAGCAUGUAACAAUAAUGGGAUCCUGCGUAGCUUCGUAAAAAAAGUAUUGGAGCUAGAAUAAA